UCUUUGCAAAGCCAUCUACCUCAGUGGAGACAGGGGAAGCUCAGAAUACGCAUAAAGCAACAUUAAUUUCUCAGCUUCUGAUUGCUCUGCUUAGCCUUGGAAGAUGUGGAGGCUGGAGCAGGCCAAGUGUUUAGCAAGGGGUUAUUGGGUUACGGCACUGAACUGCUCAGGUUCUCUCCUCAGCGCAGGAUGGAUGGUGCAGGGGCCUGAGCGAAAACCUGUGUGACCAACGCUCAGGAGUUCAUUAAAUUCUUCAUUACUGUGAGAUGGGAAAUGUCAAUGGUCUCUGAACAUUUUGCUUGAACAGAAGGGGGAAACAUUCUUUUAGUAAAUAUUAAAAACUUCUUUAAACAGUCAGAAUUGAAAGCAAUCUUAUGGUAACGCGUUACCACGUGAAAAUGCUGUUGCCAAGAACAGUAUAUACGUUUAAGAGCUCGGAAAUUCUUAUAUUAAUCAUUGUUGUGGUUAUUCAGACUGAUGCUGCCGGCCGGUGCGGGAGAAAGCCACAGCCCUGCGCUCUCCUGCGCUGCCCUUUGCUUUGUGACCCGGCGCCUCCCGAACAAUACGCGGGGGCACUUUCGAAACUUCAGGGCGUGCACCCAGCGCGGGCGGCAGCACCAGGAAGCGCCUUAUGUAAGCGAACCGAGCGCCGGCAGGGUGACCCCCGGCGGCGCGGCGCGGCCUGCGCGGCCCGGGCGCAGUCCGGGAGCGCGGGGCCCUCAGGCGGGGCCCUCAGGCGGGGCCGAGCCGCGCUGAGGGGCCCGGGCCAGGCCCGGCGCGCGCGCCCCGGCAGCCAACGGUCUCUGCCCGCGCGCGCGCGCACGACACGUCACGCGCGGCUCCGAGCGGGCGGGGGCGGGGCCGCUCUCGCCGGGGGCGUCACGUGACCGCUGCCCCCCAAUCCAUCCUCCCCGGCGCGGCGGUCCCGUAGCGGCGGCGGGCGGGGGUGGAGGCGAGCGGACCUGCCGCGGCUUCGGCGGGAGGCGGCGCAGGCACCGGCGGAGUAUAUUGAUGACACUUUGAGAUUUGGAAGGACCAUGAUUAGUACAUUCAUUGAGGUGUGACUUCAGCUCUGUGCAGAAAGUGAACCUGGUUCAGCUUGGUUUGCCUCCCGUAUCACAGGAGUGACAUAGCUGUGAGCAUCUCUGGUAUCUGUUUGAAGAGGACACUCUUGGGGGGCCCAGGUAUUUCUUUUAUAUUUUAUAGUUAUAGAGGUGUCCGGACUCUGUAAUGGUCAAAGAUUUCCAGUAGAAGAGGAUGAGACAAGAAUUAAAUGCAUGUGGGAGACUCUGGACCUAGGCACCUCAUGCUUUUGAUGCUAGCUGGGAGGGAGCUUGAUAAACACUUUUGCCACCUUUUCGUAGAAAAAACAGAUUUGUGCAUCUGUACUUCCAAACAGAGGUUAUACAGAGGGAAAAUUCUGAAUAUGGCUUGAUUUGCUCUUGGUCUUGGCAGUGUUUCUGAUGAGUGUCCCACGAACUCUGUCAAGUUUUGGGGGUUCUCCUCUGGCACUGAGGAGCAGAACCCUGAGCAGCAGCCUGGCAUCAGUGGAAACCUUUCUCUGUCCUUCUUAAAAGAGCAGCUCAAGAUGAGUGACUAUUCUGGACUUCCAAGUGACCACAGCCAGAUGAUAGCUGAAGACUCAGAAAUUCAAGCAAAGCCUGAACACUCUCAUGAAGUUCUUCAGGAAGAUAUCGAAAUGAGCAGUGGCUCCAGUGGAAACGAUUCCAGUGGAAAUGACUCCAGUGGGAAUGACACAAAUGAAAACUAUUCAAGUGGGCAUGAUUCUCAUGGUCAUGAAUCUGAUGAAAAUGGGAAGGAUUCAGCAAUGCUCAUGGAAUCUUCAGACUGUCAUAAAAGUUCAAGCUCAAAUGCAUUUAGUCUGAUGAUUGCAAACUCUGAACACAAUCAGUCCAGCAGUGGAUGCAGUAGUGAGCAGUCCACUAAAGCCAAAACACAAAAGGAAUUGCUGAAAACACUGCAGGAGCUGAAAGCUCACCUUCCUUCUGAGAAGAGAGUCAAAGGCAAAUCCAGUGUCCUAACAACGUUGAAAUAUGCCCUUAAAAGCAUUAAACAAGUUAAAGCCAAUGAGGAAUAUUACCAGUUGUUGAUGAUUAAUGAAUCCCAACCUGCUGGUCUCAAUGUAUCAUCUUACACAGUGGAAGAAGUGGAGACUAUAACCUCAGAAUACAUCAUGAAAAAUGCGGAUAUGUUUGCUGUAGCUGUUUCUUUGAUAACUGGGAAAAUUUUAUACAUCUCUGAUCAAGCUGCUUCUAUUCUCCGCUGCAAGAGGGGCUAUUUUAAAAAUGCCAAAUUUGUGGAGUUCUUGGCACCUCAGGAUGUCAGUGUGUUCUAUACUUCUACCACCCCAUACAGAUUACCAUCAUGGAACAUUUGCAAUAGAGCUGAGUCUUCCACCCAGGAUUGCAUGGAAGAGAAAUCGUUUUUCUGUCGCAUCAGUGCGGGAAAGGAGCGGGAAAAUGAGAUUUGCUAUCACCCAUUCCGGAUGACUCCCUACCUUAUCAAAGUGCAAGAUCCAGAAAUAGCAGAAGACCAGCUUUGCUGUGUGUUGCUUGCAGAAAAAGUCCAUUCUGGUUAUGAAGCACCCAGAAUUCCUCCUGACAAAAGGAUUUUUACAACUACGCACACACCGACCUGUUUGUUUCAGGAUGUAGAUGAAAGAGCAGUCCCUCUGUUGGGAUACCUACCUCAGGAUUUAAUAGGAACACCAGUCUUGGUGCAUCUUCACCCAAAUGACAGACCCUUAAUGCUAGCAAUUCACAAAAAAAUUCUUCAGUAUGGAGGGCAGCCUUUUGACUAUUCACCAAUCAGGUUUUGCACUAGGAAUGGAGAUUAUAUCACCAUGGACACCAGCUGGUCCAGUUUCAUCAACCCUUGGAGUCGAAAAGUUUCAUUUAUUAUUGGAAGACACAAAGUUAGGACGGGUCCCUUAAAUGAAGAUGUCUUUGCUGCUCCCAACUACACAGAGGACAGAAUCCUGCACCCCAGCGUUCAGGAGAUCACGGAGCAGAUCUACCGGCUCCUCCUGCAGCCUGUACACAACAGUGGAUCCAGUGGCUAUGGAAGUCUAGGUAGCAAUGGUUCACAUGAGCACUUGAUGAGUGUGGCAUCCUCCAGUGACAGCACGGGAAAUAAUAAUGAAGACACUCAUAAGGAUAAACCAGAGGUUUGUCAAUAUGCCCGUAAGGUCAAGAAUAAAGGACAGCAUAUUUUCACUGACAGUAAAGCAAAACUGGACUACAAGAAAGAGUCUUUGGCAGAGAAACAGAAUACUGCUGGUGGUCAGGUGAAAGGUGUAGGGGGAAAGGAUACUGCAGGAACAGUUGCUCCAAAAAAUGUGACUACUGAAGAGCUGGCUUGGAAAGAACAACCUGUGUAUUCCUAUCAGCAGAUCAGCUGUUUGGACAGUGUCAUCAGGUACUUGGAGAGUUGUAAUGUGCCUGGGACAGCAAAAAGAAAAUGUGAGCCUUCAACAAGUGUUGCAUCACUGAGUUCUGGAGUUCAUGAACAAAAAGCAGCUGAUAAUUCUAUCCAGCCUUUGGGAGAUCCUGCUGUGUUGAAGGCAUCUGGUAAAUCGAGUGGUCCCCCAGUGGUUGGUGCUCACUUGACAUCUUUGGCUUUACCUGGCAAGCCUGAAAGUGUUGUGUCUCUCACCAGUCAGUGCAGCUACAGUAGCACCAUUGUUCAUGUUGGAGACAAAAAAACACAACCUGAAUUAGAAAUGAUAGAAGAUGGUCCAAGUGGAGCAGAAGUCAUAGAUGGCCAACUUCUUGCCCCUCCAUCCAGCUCUGCACACAUAAAUCAAGAGAAGGAGCCAUUUAAGAAACUGGGACUUACAAAGGAGGUGCUUGCAGUGCAUACGCAAAAGGAGGAGCAGAGCUUCUUGAACAAAUUCAAAGAAAUAAAGAGAUUUAAUAUUUUUCAAUCACACUGCAAUUACUACUUACAAGAUAAACCAAAAGGACGGCCUGCUGAACGUGGUGGCCGUGGACAAAGAAACGCCACUUCUGGAAUGGAUCAGCCUUGGAAGAAAAGUGGAAAGAACAGGAAAUCGAAGCGCAUUAAACCGCAGGAAUCCUCAGACAGCACAACUUCUGGAGCUAAAUUCCCCCACCGGUUCCCCCUCCAAGGUUUAAACGCCACAGCCUGGUCACCAUCAGAGACGUCCCAAGCCAGCUACUCAGCAGUGUCCUUCCCCACUGUCAUGCCUGCGUAUUCCCUUCCUGUUUUCCCGGCAGCAGGGACGGUGCCACCAGCUCCUGAAACUUCACUCUCUGGUUUCAAUCACUUGCCAGACUCUGCCAACACUUGCCCUGUGGGGCCAUCCCAGUUCUCUGCACCCUUCAUGACCCCUGUGGUGGCUCUUGUGCUCCCCAACUACGUGUACCCGGAGAUGAACAAUAACUUACCUCAAACGCUUUACCCCAGCCAGCCCAACUUCCCCGCCCAUCCCACCUUCUCGUCACAGACAGUGUUCCCACCUCAGCCCCCCUUCGCCGCAGCCAGCCCCUUCCCACAGCAGGCGUUUUUCCCGGCACAGCCAUUCCAGUACCACCCCCCAGCAGAGACUGAGAGGGCUCCGGUGGCCGAGCCCCGCAACGACCCCUCCCGUUCCUGCACCCCGCAGUCUCCGGCUCCUCAGGAGCAGGCUUCGCCUCCGCUCUUCCAGUCCAGGUGCAGCUCUCCUCUGAACCUCCUCCAGCUGGAAGAAACCACAAAAACUGCAGAGAGCGGAGCUGCUGCGGGGUUGCACGGAGCUCUGGCUGAGGAGGGAGCCAUGGGCAACAUCAGGACAGCAGACAACGGCAGUGGGAAGGAAUCCUUACCUGCUGAAUCUCCGAUGGAUGCUCAAAACAGUGAUGAACUCUCCAUGUCCAGUGUCCUGCUUGACAUCUUACUGCAAGAGGAUGCGUGUUCAGGCACUGGCUCAGCCUCUUCAGGGAGUGGUGUGUCUGCAGCUGCUGAGUCCCUGGGCUCUGGGUCCAAUGGCUGUGGCAUGUCAGGGAGCAGAACAGGUAGCAGUGAAACUAGUCACACCAGCAAAUACUUUGGCAGCAUUGAUUCCUCAGAGAAUCACCAUAAAACCAAAAUGAAGACAGAAAUGGAGGAAAGUGAGCACUUCAUCAAGUAUGUGCUUCAGGAUCCCAUCUGGCUGCUGAUGGCCAACACCGAUGACACAGUGAUGAUGACUUACCAGAUCCCCUCCCGGGAUUUGGAAACAGUUUUAAAGGAAGAUAAGCAGAAAUUAAAGCAAAUGCAGAAACUACAGCCAAAAUUUACAGAAGAACAAAAAAGAGAGCUUAUUGAAGUUCAUCCAUGGAUCCAGCAAGGUGGACUGCCAAAAACUGUUGCUAAUUCUGAAUGUAUUUUUUGUGAGGACAAUAUACAGAGCAAUUUUUAUACAUCAUAUGAUGAAGAAAUCCAUGAAAUGGACCUUAAUGAAAUGAUUGAAGAUAGUGGAGAAAACAACUUGGUUUCCCUGAAUCAAGUCAGUGAAGAACAAACAUAGCCUUUGAGCCUGUUGUUUUGAAAAUUGCUUCAAAACGACAGUGAAAGAUCCACAAAGGUUUUCAUCUUUUAUCCAGCUGGAUGAAUGCAGUUCAUAAAAGCAAAUGUGUUUUUCUUGCUCUAGAAGAGUCAUUUGUGAACGAAUCUCUUUUUAAAUGGUGGCAAUCUCUUCCCAGUAAGGACAUUGUUGAAGAUGGUAUAGCUUUUCUUUAAAAGACUCGUUUUGCACUUACAUGCCUCAAGUAUUUCUUUAUAAACUACAGAAACUUUCAUUGAUGCCUACUGUUUUUUGUAGAGUGGGUUAAGAAGUGCUGAAAAUCUCCUCACGUACAUACGGUUCUUCAAAUCUCCUUUGGGUGGUGGUUCAGCGUUAUAAAUUGUUGAGCAGUUCUGCUUAGUGGCUCUUUAGCAUUGUUCUUAAUAUUUGAAGUGGUCCAGCACAGUAGAAGAAAUAACCUUCAAGGAAAUCAAUUCACACUUGCCCUUCUCAUACCAGUUGAUCCCAUCUUCUUUGUUUGUCUCUUCUAGUUUUGAAUGUAGGAACUUCUUUUGUCUGAGAGGAAUGUUGAGCUGAUUUUAUAAGAUGGUCUGGUGUUAAAGUUCAUGUUGAUGUGUAAGUACAGAGGACUGCAGACAACUUUGUAGCCUUUUAUGUAAAUGGACAAUGCAAAACUAUGAACUGUUUAUUACCUUGAAGCAUAAUUUCUGAGAAAUUUUUACUCAAGAAAUCCUUGUGCUUAAAGAUUUUAAAAAACUUAAGACCACAGAGGAUGACUGGCCAUGCUCCAGUGGCUGUUAGACAGACCUUGGGGUAACUUUAACCUUUAUUGCUGACUUGUUCUGUCAGGAGGUUGGCCAUCAGUUUUUCCAGUGUGGCUAAACAAACAUCAAAUUUGUAUGUGGCAGGAGAGAAUUAGAUGUGUCUUGUCAUUUGAAGAUAGUUCUUACCAAAAAGAAGUGAUUUUGAGAAUAGUGUUGACUGACUGAUUUACCUAAUCUCAAAUUUAGCGUGGCUGGAAUCCUUUGCUGUCGAAGAUUUCAUUUUAAUGCCUCUGGGAUUGUAUUGACUUGAAUGUGUGUGCUUUAUGUUCCUGUGCUGUCCAUGUCUGUCGGGUGUGGGAGGAGAACUUGAGAGAACAGCUGUCAGUGUGCUGCUUAGUUAAAGGACUAAUGCAGUCCUUUACAGCAGUUUAGUUGCUGUAUUGCCAGAUGUCAGCUGUAAGUCUUGGGGUGGAAAACGACGAAAGUUAAUUCAAUUAACUUCGAUGUGUUUGUCUUAAAAUAUUUUUCAUGGGAAGCAUUUCCUUUUUUAGUAGGAUAAUGUUUCUAUCCACUGAAAUGUAAGGUUAUUUUCAUUCUAUACAAAUAUCUCUCUUUCUGUACAGGGAGGAUGUGAAGUUAGAUCUGGCACCAAAAACAUGCAAAAGUGACUGGUAUUUGCUUAGCAGAAGAAAUAAUUUGUUUCAAGUAAUUAGUUAUUAAUUGGAAAAUUUGCACUGGAGACAGGUUCUGCUGGUAGCAAAGAGUGUCAGCUUGUGAAACAAGCAGAAUCACAAUUUUAAAGAAUGAAUAAGUAUUUUAAAUGUAGUGUGAGGCACUGCCCAGCAAGAUCUGAUGCCUGUCUUUAACAGUUCAGCAAGGUCAAACGUAAAUAUUUGUAAAUACAAAGUGAAUGAGAAAUUUCCAGUGUUGGUGUUCACGUCCGAUGUAUUAAAUAUUUUAAUCAUAAAUGGAACAGUGCAGCUAUACCAACAUACUAAAUAUAUUUCAUUUUUACAUGGAGACACAAACAUGGACCAGGGUUUGGGAAAAAUCAAAGCUUUAUAUAAAAGGAGUGCAUCAUCAUUAUACAAAUAAUUUUCAAAGACUUCUCAACAACCACUUUGAACUUCUUUGCUUUAGCAUGCUUUUUUUCCCCCGUCUUUUUUUAUUUGUCCUCAUUUCUGUUAUUAUUUUUUUCAAUGACCAUCUUGUAACCAUAACUUAGUGAAAGGAAGAGAAAAGUAUAUUUAGAGCAUUUUGUGGAUGUGCUUACUUAUGGACUUAAUCUUGCAUCCUUAAAGUGUUUGCAUUUACAGGGUGGUAUUAAAAUAUUUUCCUGUAACUUUAAAUCUACAUGCCUCCAUUUAUAGAUAAGAUUCUGAAGCUGUAAUUUUUCCAAACUGUUGUAAGAUGAUUUAUUUGUGAUGACACUUUGUCAACAUGUCAACAAUGUUUUCUGUACACUGUGCAAUAUAUUUUGGUUUUGCCACUUGUGACUAAUUUUUAUGACUUUGCUUUUUAGAAAACUGGUAAAUAAAACAGAUAUAUUUUUA